AUGGCCGGUGACCAAAGAAACAACCCAGUCGAAGAUCUAACCCUGACGAGAAAUGGCAACCAAAUACGAGCUAGCUUAAAGAAGAAGACCCUGCCGCCCCACGAAAACCCAGACAGCAUAAUUUGGACAUUCAGGCAUGUCCUGAAACAAAUCACAACCCAACGCGAGACCUUACUGUUGAAGGAUAUCGACUAUUGCUCCUCUUGGGAUCGAAAACUCCUCCGAGUCCUCACCCGCACCAAAUCGAUCACAAACAAUGUUUGCCUCCACGAUCUCAUACUGUCAAAUUGUCGCGAAUAUCCCAGUCGAAUGGCAGUGCGAUCUUUUGACGGGGACUUGACCUACAAGGAGCUGGACGACCUGUCAUUUCGCUUGGCUAUUCACCUCAGAGGACUAGGCGUGGGGCCUGAGACUUUUGUCCUGAGCAGUUUCCAAAAAUCAACAUGGGCAAUUGUUGCUCGACUGGCGAUCUUGCGCGCUGGAGGAGCUUAUAUAUCUAUCCACGCAAGUAAUCCACCGGCCUAUUUGAGUUCAGUGAUCGAGCGGACCAACGCAAAGGUCAUGUUGAGUGAUCCUGCCUUUGCAGACCAGUUCUAUCAUUGCAUUGAUACUGUGGUGGGGGUAACCCCGGAGUGGCUUCAAACUCUUCCCAUGUCCUCCGAACAUAAACUCCCUAGCAUUGAGCCCUCGAACGCGUGCACUGUCCUGUUUACGUCAGGAAGCACAGGAAAACCAAAGGCCAUCGUUCAAGAGCAUCGCUCCUACGCCUCUGCGAUACGGGAUUAUUCGCGGAAUCUAGGACUGACGGAAGAAACACGCUAUCUCCAUUUCGACGACUACGCAUUCGACAUUAGCAACCUGGAAUUCCUGGUCCCACUCAUUCUUGGGACAGUCCAAGACCUGACCGAGAACAUCCAAACCCUUGCGGCAAACAUUGCUUUCCUAACCCCUACGGUCGCCAUCAAGCUUAACCCAGCGGCAGUACCGAACUUGAAAAUCCUCUGUGUUGGCGGCGAGCCUCUCCCAAAGGACCUCUUGAACAACUGGGCGGGCAGCUCCACCAGGCUCAUCAAUCAAUUCGGCAUGGGCGAGGCAGCGGUAUGCUGCGCCUACAAUGACAGUGUCCACGAGCCAGGAACCCCAGUUGCGACGAUCGGGAAGCCUUCCAGUGGCGCCAUCUGGAUCGCCGAUCCCACAUACCCCGAGAAACUAAUGCCGGUCGGUGCGGUGGGCGAGAUCGUGAUUGAAGGGCCCCAUCUGUCCAGAGGAUACCUGGAUCAGAAUCAUCAAGCUCUCGACAGGACUAAACCUGCCGGGUUCCUAGAUCAAACCCCCGAUUGGCUGGGCCAGUUGCAUCCCGAUCGCAGCGGGGCCCGGUUAUACCGAUCGGGCGAUCUGGCUCGAUGGUUGCCUAGUGGACGGAUCGAGUACAUUGGCCGAAAAGAUACGAUUGUGAAACUGGAUGGCUGCCGAAUUGAUGUCAUCGAAGUCGAACACCUUGCGCGGAAAUGUCUCACGCCCAAAGAUGCGAUCGUGGUUGAUCUGCUGGGAGUGAUUGACGGCCGGGAAGACCCCUGCUUAGCGGCGUUCCUUUAUUUGAGCGACCAUCCCAAUAACUCCGAAGCUGUCGACGUUCGUUUAACAGACAGCAGUGAGGAUUCUUUGGCGACGGCAAAGGUCCGUCAGAUCCGGGAAGUGCUAGCCGAGUUUCUCCCGCUGUAUAUGAUCCCUACACUUUUCCUUCUCGCCACACGAGUGCCGAGGACAGCAUCCAAUAAGACGGAUCGACGCAUGAUUCGAAUGCUUGGACAGCAGUACCAUGCUUCAGAACGUGAGCGACGAAGCCAGCAUGGCCCUCGCGCUGAAGCCCAGCUCCUUCCUCCAUGA